GAUCGGAUGAGAAGUAUUGUGGGUGGGUAGCCAACUGGUGAUCUUUUCAAGAUUGAAAUAUCGGAUACACGCACACUGCCUCCAAUGGAGUUGAGGGUAGCACUGAUCUCUCUAACUUUGUUGACAAUCGUCGGCCAAGCCGUAAGUCGAAGCGGAUUGCAACUGAUCGUAGAACCCCAAGAUGUGGUAGUUGAACAGGGAGCACCAGCUCGGUUGGACUGCGUGGCUAAGAGUUCCUUGGGAUCACCAGUGAUUCAAUGGCGGACCGACGACGGGCAGCCGAUAUCGUUUAUCGGGGAUAGCUAUAGAUCGCAGCUGGCCAACGGAUCUUUGUAUAUCAAUGGAAUUUAUCCUGGGAACUCCGAAGUCACCGGAGGAUAUCAAUGCCUAGCUUCGAUAGACAAUGUUGGAGCAAUUGUGUCAAGAACGGCAACCAUCAGGCUCGCAAGUCUGCCGAGUUUUGAAAAAGAACCACAAGACACAAUGGUUUAUCCGGGCCAAGUUGCUUACUUAAGCUGCGUUUUGCCGCUAUCUUCGAGUCCUCCGACUAUUCAAUGGUUGAAAGACGAGCAUCCUCUUCUGUUGGAUGAAAGUCGGAUGACGAUAUUACCUUCGGGGGCUUUGGAAAUUGAUCACGUACAAUCGCAGGAUGUUGGAUCGUACAGAUGUAAUGCGAGUGGACUCGGACAACAUAGACUCAGCAACAAGGCACAGCUCGCUACGUUGACGAGCGAUAUUGAUCAAGAAACAACUGCACCUGUUUUUAUUGCAAAACCCAUGCAGCAAGUUGCUAUAGAAGGAACGACUGUCACUUUGGAGUGUGCAGCUAACGGCAAUCCCAAGCCAGUUAUUUUUUGGCUCAAAGACGGCAUUGCUAUUGAUUUGGCGUCGUUGGACUCCAGGUACCGAAUCGUAGCCGCAUCCAGUCUCAUGAUUACCGGCAUUAGAGAAAUCGAUCAUGGAUUGUAUCAAUGCAGAGCUGAAAAUGAAGUAGAAACUUUGGAUGCUUCGGCCGAGGUUACGGUGCAAGUGCCUCCAACAUUCGUCAAAAAACCGGUCGAUAAAGUUGCUAACGAAAAUCAAGACUUGGAGUUGGAAUGCGAGAUAUAUGGAAAGCCUGAGCCUAAAGUAACGUGGUUGAAAAAUGGUGAAAGAAUUACGCUGAGCGCCUAUUGGCAACUGGUCAAUGGCUACAAUCUGCGGAUCAACGGACUAUUGCCAAUUGACGCUGGUAUCUUUCAGUGCAUAGGAGUCAAUCCUGCAGGCAGCAUUCAGGCUUCGGCACGACUGAUCAUUAACCAGCCGAAAAAAUCAGGAGCUCAUAAAACAACGACUCCAAAGUUACUUCCAAAAAAACAUCUGCAUCGGCAGUUGUACAACAACACUUGGCAGCACCCAAGCACCCUUCUGGGUCAUACGCUCCCAGCUUUUGCCCAAAGUCCUGAAAUUUCCAUCAGUCCUUCGGAUGAUCCUGCGGAUAUAUUGGGCACUUUAGGCGAUCCCGAUUCCCUGAUCAACCCUGAACCCCCUUUUAUAGACGAAACGGAUACCCUGGACUCCAUCGAAGGCAGCAUUCCAUCUGCUCCGAGAGAUCUUACCGCCGUCAUUGUUUCCACAAGAUUUGUUACUCUAAGAUGGAGAGAACCCGAGAAUACUAACGGAGACAUUCUAACUUAUUAUGUUUAUUAUAAACAGGACGGAUCACAGAGGGAACGAGUUGUAAAUACAUUGCACAAUAGAUUAGAAGGGGUAAUACCUGGACUACAACCAAACAUGAAGUAUCAAUUUCGUGUGGUUGCGCAAAAUGCUCAAGGGACAGGGGCAUCUAGUACCAUCCUUGAUGUUACGACUCAAUCUGAGGCGGAUGUUCCCGGACCACCUCUAAAUUUACAAGGUCAUCCAACAAACAGCACCAGUGUUGCUUUGACAUGGGAAGAACCUUUGAUAACCAACGGCAGAGUUAUCAGAUAUAUUAUUACAUAUAUAGAAGGUGACAACGAAGGAAAAGUUCAUGAGACAACUGGGACGACGUAUGAACUUGUAGAACUAAUGCCAUUCACUGAAUAUAAUUUCUGGGUUCAGGCAGUCAAUGAAAAUGGACCUGGUGCUUCGACCAGUGAAAUUACUGUUCGGACUCUAAGUGCUCAACCUUCACAACCUCCGCACAACGUAACACUGGAAGCAGGCAAUUCCACUAGUAUAAUCAUUCGCUGGGAACCUCCGCUGGAAGGAGAAAAUGGAGUGAUUACUGGGUACAAAAUUAAGUAUCGCAGACACGACAGACGACAUUGGGCAUACAUAACUACACAGAGUAACCAGAGAAUGUAUCAACUCAAUGGACUAGAAAAACACGUGGUUUAUCAAGUUCGGAUAUGCGCGUUAAACGUCAAUGGAACGGGACCUUGGAGUGAUAUAAUGGACAUAGAACCUUACGAGAGGGAUUUGGAUGAAACUAAAGUUCCCAAUGUUCCAAUCAACUUGAAAACUAAAGCUAUGUCGGAUUCAAUACUGGUGUCUUGGAAUCCUCCAAAGGAUCAAAGUAUCAAAGUACGUGGCUAUACCUUGGGAUGGGGUAAGGGACUUCCGGAUAAUCAUACUCAAAAAUUAGACAGCAAACAACGCUAUUAUACCAUCGAAUCGUUAGAACCGAUGUCAGAAUACGUAAUUACCUUGAGAGCGACGAACGAAGUUGGGGCAGGAAACCCUGCGUACGCCAAUGUCCGAACUAUGGAACGUUCGGUACCAGAAUCUAUCGUACCUCUGAUUCCACCUGUUGGACUAAAAGCUAUCGUUCUUUCAGCUAGCACCAUGGUACUUUAUUGGACUGAUAGUACCCUACCGAAGAGUCAGUAUGUGACUGACAAGAGGUAUUACGUAGUACGAUACACAUCUUAUCACCACAGUAGUAACCCACGAUAUAAAUAUUACAAUGCUACGGAUCUGAAUUGUAUGAUCGAUGACCUCAAACCCAACACACCAUAUGAAUUUACCGUUAAAUUGGUCAAGGGAAGAAGAGAAUCUCCUUGGAGUAUGGUAGUACUGAAUACGACACACGAAGCCGCGCCAAGUUCACCCCCUCGGGAUCUCACUGUCCAGACCGUAGAUGGUCAUCCAACAGCUGUUAUGCUUCAUUGGCAACCUCCGAAGCAGCCCAAUGGUCCUAUUACUGGUUACGUCAUAUCCUAUACAACGGACAAUACAAAAUGGGACAGAGAUUGGCGCGUCGAAGCCAUAAUUGGAGAACAGACUGAGAUUAUGAUAAAAGUCUUACAGCCUAUUACGACUUAUUACUUCAAGAUUCAGGCCCGCAACUCUAAAGGCUACGGUCCAUUUUCAUCUACUGUUCCAUUUAAAACACCUCUAAGCAAUGGCAUUGUGUACUAUGACGUUCCGCAUGCUCGAGACGGUCGAGGGCUUUCCAAUAUGAUGAUAUACAUAAUAGUCGGACUCUCUGUGGUAUUUGUUACUGGUGUGGCUGUCGCGGUUGUUGUUAUAUGCUGUCGCCGAACCCCGCAAUCUCCGGAUCACAAAAAGGGAUAUAUAAAAGAAUCUAAUCAGAAAACGAAUAUCAAGCCACCCGACCUUUGGAUUCAUCAUGAUCAAAUGGAGCUCAAAGCUCUAGAAAAAUCUUCGAUCAAUGGCGAAGCCUCUACCAGCGGGGUGGUCAGCAAUACCUUGCCAAGAUCUGGAAAUCAGGAUUACAGCCAGGAUAGCAUGCACAUAAAUUCUAGCUCUUUGGAUAAACGUACCUAUGUGCCUAGCUAUAUGGGUAACAACGAUGAAAAAUGUUCUACCCUCACAAGACAACACAACCGAGGAAGUCAUAAACCUAAACUCAUUACCCUUCCCGUUGAUACACUUCCUUCACAUCAGCCAAUGGCGACGGCUACUCCUAUAGUAAAUAGUAGCAUGUCGCAACCCACUAUUCAUAAUUCAUGUGGCGAUGCACCUUCGGUCAGGCCAAGUUAUCCAAGGACAGCAGCUCAAUACAGUUUGAGUAGAGCUCACGUUACUUUGGAACCAACGCCAGAAUCUAGCCCAGAUUCUUGCAGUAUGCCAAGCACUUACGAACCUCUUCAAACUCAGAUUCCGUAUUCUGCGGGUAAUCAACAAUAUGGAGCUAACAAUCAGUACGCUUCGGGUGUUUACGGCUCUAGUAGUCAGCCAAACAGCACAGUUGGUGUUCUAGAAAAUGCGAAUGCCAAAAGACUGCAAGGUCAUCCGCUUAAAAGUUUUAGCGUACCAGCGCCGCCCCCACAAUCCGCUCCGUCGACACCUGCUCAGCAGAAACACGGUGUUUCCCAAGUUACAGUGAGGCCGACGAUAUCUGGAAGCCCUUACAAAAAACCACCUAUAACAUCAACGCAAAUAACGAAAAACAGAUUAGCUUCUGUCGUAAACCCAUCGCACACUGCAGAAGAGGUUGAACGAUUGAAGCCGUCUUAUAGCACAGAGGAAUUGAACCAAGAGAUGGCAAAUUUAGAAGGAUUAAUGAAAGACUUGAACGCCAUUACCGCGUCGGAAUUUGAGUGCUAAUGUGUUCCUAUAACACGUGCCAUCUGAAAACCAACCAAUCGUGACGAAAAAAAAAAAAAGAUGAAUGUUAAUAGCGGAGGCUAUCGUUAAUAACUUAUAUUAAUAGUAAGAUGAAAUCUUUGAGCAAAGAUUUUUUUUAUAUUAUAAAUUCUUAUCGUGUGAUUUGUCUCUUCUUUAUGCAACACACAUAUGAAAAUACUAAUGGUAUUCUGAGAAGAGAAAUUAUCAUUCCAGCCUAUUGGAUAGCCUCUUUCGUUACUAACAUCAUUUUGGUUAGAAAAAAAAAAAAAAAGAAAAUGCUAUCGGGCCGCCAAUUGCCAAUUUAGGUAGCUAAUUUUGUACCGAUCGUCACAAAACUUAGCGUAACGCUCUAUUUCUUUUUUCUUUUCCCCACCUCCUCAAUGGAAAAAAAAUGAUGGAGUAGGUGAGUAAUCAAUGGUACCUAAUCUGAUAUUGAGUUCUUCAUAAUUCUUCUGAAUUAUCUGACAUCAAGCCACGUAACAUAUCUAAAUUGAGGCUUCGAUUUUUUUUUUGUCUCUGCCUUCAUUAGUAUAAGUUCGAUUGCUCAGCUCACAGCUAUGGCAGCUCAUCACGGAAUUCCUUCGACAUUAAAGUCAAAUAUUAUUUGGUUAUAUUAACAUCAUUCUCAUUAUUUUUAUUAUUUUUACUAUUAUUAUUAUAUUUUUAUUUAUGCCCCUCCAAGUAGUCACUCACUCUCAUGAUCUCAUUGCAAAUAAUUAUUUUCAUUUUUUUACGGAACGAAAAAGAUAUAGGUAUACAUAUACACACAUAUGUAUGUAUAUGGUAUUCCUUUCCGUCUAAUUUUGUCACAUUAUAUCUAUAUUACCUCGUGUAGUUACCUCAACUGGUAAUUAGCUCGUUGUAAGUUAUAAUUUUAAUGAUUUUUUAGCAUCAUACGUCGGGUGCCAUAAAAGCAAGUAUGAUAAAAACAUGAUAUUCGACAUAAUAUGAGGAAUUAAUAACGUGGACAUAAAAUCACAGGGAUAAAAAAACAAGAGAGAAAAUUUGAAAAACAAAAAAAAAAAAAAAAAGAAUCAUAAAACUAUUUAAUCAUGCCUUCGUUGUUCGAAGAAAAAAUUUACAAGGCUGGAAGAUAUCAUUAUUCUUGGGUCAUUCUGUAUAUUACGGAACAUUAUAUGUUAUAGCUUAACGUCAUUUCUAUAUAUAUUUUAUAUUCUUAACAAAUCUAGCUAACAAAAUAGAGGUUUGAUUUAAAAAAUCAAUCCCGCAUAAGAGAGAGAACGGAGGAAAAAAAAACGUAAAAACAAAGUAUUAUUAACAAAGCUAGACAAAUAUUUUGUAACUCUGUGUACAUGGGUUUAUAAUAUACAUAAAUAUUGUUAUUACGACAAAUUAGAAAUAACUAUAAUUGAGCCAUUGUCCUUAAUGGAUUUACUCAAAUUACUGCCAUUGCUGACUGUGAGUUUAUGUAUGUUUACAGACACAAUCAACACUUGAUUUGUUUGUUCAAAGUUAUACGAUCAUAUUCUUCCGUAGAUAAUAUCAUAAUGGAAGUGUGUUUUAUCGGAAACAAAAAAAAAAGAACAAAAAAAAAAAUUUUGCAACCUUGUGCAUCGAUCUAUAGAUAUAAUCGAAAGAUUUCGUUCGAUGUGUGGUUUGUUUCGUUUUUUUUUUUCGUUAAUAUCAAUUAAA